AUGACGCAGAUCCCUGCGGGCAAGUCUACAGGAGGUGUUCUUCAGAUCCCCGCAGCUGCCACUCAGAAGAAUGCCUCUGCGACACCGAAAAAGGCUCCUAAGCCAGCUGCGCCCCGAUUGAAGCUCCUCGUCAGACGUCUUCCACCUGGACUAACACAAGCGGAAUUCGAGACAGCGUUGGGCUCAGAAUGGAGGGUUGGCGGUGGGAAGGUCGACUGGUUCCAAUACAAGCCAGGAAAGGUUUCUAAAGAUCCGGCCAAACCUUCUCGACCCUCGCGUGCGUAUAUUCAUGUCAUGUCCAGCGACCACACCAUCCCGCUCUCGAACAAAGUCCGUCAAACGUCCUUCAUAGAUGCCCGUAAUACCUCCAACGACCCUGUCCUUCUGGGGCCCCCGUCUCUGGAAUUCGCACCUUAUGCCAAGAUUGCCGGAAAUCGGUCACGCAAAGAUGCCCGUCAAGGAACCAUCGAUCAGGACCCCGAGUUUAUCGCAUUCCUCGAGAGCCUCACGCAGCCACUUGCCAAACCGCCUCCUGUCGAUUCUGGCGCUGAUGGCGAGGAUAAGAAGGAGACAGUGACAGUCACACCUUUGGUGCAAUAUAUUCGAGAGAAGAAGGCCAACAAGGCGAAGGAAUCCAGCAAGUCUAAGCACAAGUCGGACAAGGACUCCAAGGGGGAGAAGAUCCAGGCGAAGAAGCUGCUACAACGUCCUGACAGGGAUACAAAGGACUCUGCUGCUUCAGAGAAACCAGAGAAGAAAUCCAAGUCGGACAAGGCUACCAAGGAAGCUGUGAAGGCCGCAAACAAGCAGGCUGCUAGUGUUGCUGCCAAGCAAGCCGCAAAAUCGUCACCAGCGCAGAACUCCCCCAAGGAUACACCACAGACAUCUACAGAGCGGAAGCGCGAACGUGGAAGCGUCGCGGCUGCUGCCAAGAUCCUCCAGCGCGAUCGUGGACUUGCUCCGUCUGGUCGCCGCAGGGGCAAAGCCGCUGCCACCGAUGGAGAUACGCCCAAGUCCGAUCAGAGCGGUACUGCGACCCCGGAUACAAACAAGAAGGAGACGCCGUCGAGACCAUCUAAGGGAGCGACUCGGGACAAGUCAAAGGGCAGCAACACACAACCACCCAGUGAGCCAUCCGAAGCGAGCACCCCGGUCAGUACUACACCUAAACCGGCAAAGUCUGGGAAGGGGAAGCAAGCAUCGGCAGGACCGGCGGCGACCGCUACCCAAGCAUUCCUCAAGCACGCCAAUCCAUCUCAGGGCGUUACCGAGCCGCUCCUGGAAGCGGCAUUCGCCCCAUUCGGAAAGGUUCUUAAAGUGGAGAUCGAUAAAAAGAAGGGAUUCGGUUACAUUGACUUUGCAGAACCCGACGGACUUCAAAAAGCCAUCGCUGCUAGUCCUGUCUCGGUCGCGCAGAGUCAAGUUGUCGUUCUAGAGAGAAAGGCCAACCCGGGGGGAGAGAAGGGUCGCGGCAAAGGUCGUGGUGAAGCCCAAGCAUCCUCGGGAGGCGGAGGCGGCGGCGGCGGUGGUGGUGGUGGUGGUGGUAACAACAGCCGGGGAAAUAAGACCAAUGAAAGCGGCUCAGGGGGUAACUCGUCUCGCGGACCACGCGGUGGACGAGGGUCCAAGGGUAAAGGAGGUCCCAAGGGAGGCGGCGGCGGCGGCGGAGGAGGAGGCGGAGGAAACAGUGGUGGCAAUUCCGGGGCUGCGAAUGGGAAUAACCCCGAGAGUAAGGGGAGUUCCGAUAGUAAAUGA